AUGAACUGGCUCAAGUCAACCCUCGCGAGUGUUGCGGGUACGCAGGAGCCGAUCUAUGGCCCUGAGGCGAUUCGAUCUGUUGCCCAACAAGCACAGGAAGUGCCUUACACUGUACUCUCUAAGGAGGAUCUGCGUUGGCGCGCCUACCAAUACACCAAUGUCGAGACCAAGACCUUUUAUAUCAUGGCCGACAAUGGCACCUUAGUUUUUGUGCAGAUCAUCUACAGCAACAUUGUUGGCAUCCACACCACCGCCCAGUUCAACGCGAAGAUUUUCAACCUUACUGGAGAUGCCCCCCACAAGUGGUACUCGGAUCCCUUGUACAACUUCAUGUUCGAUGAGAGCAUGCUUUCCUUUGGAGCCGACAAUCUCUCUCUAACGCUCAAUGAGGAGGGAGAUGCUUACACACUGAAAUCCGCUGUGAACGAAGACUGUCUGGUGAACAUCACCUUCAACCGUUCUUCCCCUGGUUUCGUCAUUGGAAAGGAUGGCACUUCCUACUUCGGUACAGACGCACAGAACCCCUGGGGUUCGAUGAGCCAUGCAUUCUGGCCCCGUUGUGGUGUUGAAGGAACCAUCACCACCAAGGAGCAAACUUACGACCUCAAAGGCCGCGCCAUGUUCAUUCAUGGUCUUCAAGGCAUGAAGCCGCAUCAUGCGGCUGCGCGGUGGAACUUCGUCAACUUCCAGACUCCCACAUACACCGCCGUCAUGAUGGAGUUUACAACACCCCCCUCUUACGGAUCGACCGUGGUGAACGUUGGUGGAAUCGUUAAAGACGGAGAGAUCAUUUAUGCCGGCGUGACCAACUCGGCUACCCAUACCGAGGCAGCCCAAGAUAAAGAUAGCGACUGGCCCGAGCCGAAAUCUAUCAAGUGGGUUUGGGAUGGCAAGUCGAAAGAUGAUAAGACUGUUCAUGCGGAGCUCGAUGGCGCGCUUGGCAGAAGAUUGGACCGUAUUGACGUCAUGGCGGAGGUGCCAGGCUUCAUCAAGACCAUCGCCGGUAGUGUGGCUGGCACACGGCCGUACAUCUUCCAGUUCGCCCCCCAAGAGAAGCUUACACUGAAGUUGAAGGUCGGAGAUGAAGAAGUCUCCGAGGAGGGUGUCAUGUUCUCCGAAUCGACGUUCAUCUCGUGA